AUGCCGGACGCUGCGUUUAUGAAGACGCGUUUAAAUGUACCCGAUUGGUUUCCUUUUAUUGUGGGGACGCCUGAAGACUGGGGAAAUGCAUAUCAUGCUCCCAAAUUGCAUGGGAUCGUGAUGAUGCCCGUAUUGCUGCACCCCCGAUCUAGGGGUACAGUCUCCUUGGCUCCCACCUCGAUUCCGCCGACUUGGUUUCUUGACGAAAAAUCCCAGAAGGACGCAGAGGGAACGGUGUUCGCUAAUCCAAUCAGCAGCCCUCAAAUUGACCCGCAGUAUCUCAGCAACAGGCGGGAUGUAGCGGCUCUAGUAAAAGGUCAUUAUGCACAUAAAAAUGCACGGAAACAAGCACCCAGUUCUCCCUCUGCACCCUUCUCCUGUGUUGAUAUGUUGUCUUCCCUUGUUUCUCCUCGAGGGCCUCAGCACCCGCCAUUCGCCUCGCUCAUUAAAAAGGAGAUGGUGCCUCAAUGCCACCCCGAGGUGUUUCGCAGAAUAUUCGUGCCUAACGAUUUCACGGGAGAUGCAUACGUGGGCGUGGACAAAAGGGCGCCUCAAGGGGGUGCCGUCGGUGACAAUAAUCGCCCCAAAGAGGGCCUUGAGGGAUCUCCCUUUAACGAGUCCUCUUGUGAUUCUGUGGAUUGCGCGGAGGGCAUCCUUUCUUCACUCUCUGCUAAAAUAGCGGCAAAGUAUCCAGAGUUGGCCGCAGUAGAUCCUGUGUUGCCUCGUGUAUGCGCGUUGGCAGUGGCGCAUGAGCAGGGACGUAUUAGUGACGAGGAGUGGGCAAUGGGCUUUGUCCGGUUGUUUACAUUGACGCUUUACCACCCUGUUGGCACCUGCAAGAUGGGAGUAGCUGAUGAGGCUUUCCUCAAGACCAUGGGGAGGGAAACCGGAGAAGGAGCCGUACAGGGCGCAGAACAGACAGGCGUUGGAGCUGCAGCUAAGGGAGGCAGUAGUAGCGAUCACACGGACGCCCUUGAUGAAAAAAUACCGAAGAACACGCAGACAAAUGAAAGGCUCGCAGAGAAAAGGGAAGAUGAGGUGUCUCUUCCUCCUGCAUGGUCUGCAACGGCGGUAGUGGAUGGGUCGCUUCGUCUGUGUGGUGGCUUUUGCGUGGGAAAUGUUUCCAUUGCAGAUGCCUCGGUGCUGCCGCAUCUCCCGUCUGGCAACACCCAUUUGCCCGUGGUGCUUGUAGCUCAUGUUGCUGCGGAAGCCCUGAGCGAGCGGUGGCUGCAGGGCUAG